UAGUUUCUUCUUUUAUCCGUAUACAAAUUGUGUUUCUUUAGAAAAGAAUUAAUAGUUUUUCAUUAAAUGCAAUUAUUAAAAAUUGCAUUCAAUAAUAUUCAAAUAAAUCGAAUAAUGUCUUUUUACGCUGUGGCAAAGGGUCGUAAAAUUGGAAUUUAUAAUACUUGGCCCGAAUGUGAAGAACAAAUAAAAGGUUAUAGAGGGUCCAGAUAUAAGAAAUUUCCAACUCGUUCAGAAGCGGAAGAAUUCAUUGGGGCUUAUCAUGCCGAAGGCAUUAAUGUAUUAUACAAAGUUGAUACAAAAAAGAAUAGACCUAAGAAAGAAGAGGAUCCAAACGAGUACUGGCCACCUUGUGAUGGAGAUAAUUGUGAAUUAACAGAUGAGGAUUUGUUAAACGCUUUAGCUGAAGUUGAAGGACUAGCCGAUACUUCAGAUAAUCGUAAACGUAAAGCUGAUAAUUUUACGGGCAGUUCCUCAAGUAAAAUACCUAGACAUGAAUCUGUUGUAUGGGAACCGGUUGCUAUAAAAUAUAUUGACAAUAUGGAAUUUCUUCUAGAUUCGGAGGGUUACGUUAUUGUCUAUACAGAUGGUUCAUGUUUUAAUAAUGGACAAAGGAAUGCUUGUGCUGGCUAUGGUGUAUAUUUUGGCGAUAAUCAUGUUCUUAAUGCUGGUAAACCCGUAAAUGGUCGCGUUACUAAUAAUGUUGGCGAAAUACAAGCAGCAAUUUAUGCCAUUAAAGCUGCCAAACGUUUAGGUAUUACCAAGCUAUGUAUAAGCACUGACUCCCAAUUUCUAAUUAAUUCCAUAACACUCUGGAUAAAAGGAUGGAAGGCAAAAGAUUGGCGUUUAAAAAAUGGUGAUCCAGUUAAAAAUUUAACAGACUUUCUGGAAUUGGAUUCAUUAUUGGAAGAUGAUAAGAUUUUAAUAAAAUGGAAUUAUGUAAAAGCUCAUAAAGGUAUAAAGGGAAAUGAAAUGGCGGAUAGAUUGGCACGAGAAGGUUCUGAAAUAUAUAGGAGAAUGUAUAUGAGAUAAAAACAUAUGCGCGUACUUUAUUUAUUUAAAUUAAUUUUGGAAUACUGGAAUAUAAGAACAAGAAAAUAUACAAAUCUUUAAAUAAAACGAUUGGAUAUUGAAACUUAAAA